GACGAAGGACAUGGACGAUCUGACCGGCUUGCCGUCACCCAUGGAGAAAGGACGUAGUUGGGCUGACGAGGUCGGCUCGUAGGGAGAGCAACAGCAAAAAGAUUUGGUAAAAGAGGUGCAAGAGCGAUAUCGAAGGGCUUAUGAACAAGCCGCUAAGGAUGAGGCGCAGAGGUAUUCGCAUCCAGCCUUCAUGUCAGAUGAUGACUUCGCGGCAUUGCCGUGGUGGGAGCAGGUGGAAUACAACAGCCUCUACAACACCAGGCGCCGCCCAACAGUCGUGUCCAGUAUCCGAACAAGCUCGCCUGAUAGACUGAAGUCGAGCGAUACAAUCCAUCCCAUAACACGUCCUCCGUCAAGGCUCCGGUCAAACCCAGAAUCCAUAGCAUCCUUAGAAAACCCAUCGCAAAUCGAUUUGAACAGUGGUGAUACUACACUUGUUGAAGCGCUUCCCUUAUCGCCGAUUCCUCACCCCGUAGAAGUUUUUGACGAGUCGUCACAGCUGGCCGUACAGAGUGGGGAGACAACGCUUCUUGAAUCACCGUCUGCUUCCUCAGUGUCCGCCUCGUCACCAAACAUUCGGCAAACUUUGCAGCGUCUUGGAAUUCUUUCUCCUACGUCAUUUCCGGUGUUGCAAGACGCGCGCAGGUAUGUGCGAAUUACUGAAGCACAAGGCCCGGAAAGUCAUUCAGGCUCCAUUGUCAACGAUACCAUCAGUCACGAAUCCGAGAGCGAGUCGGACGAUUGUCACAUCGGAGAUGAUAUGCCGCCGCGUGACCCAGAGCGCUCGACUAUAGCAAACACUAGAGAUGGUCAGAGAAGAGUAUGGAUUAUCACACCCGGACGUCCACGAAUGGAACCACUUGAGAUGGAGCAAGCCGUAUUCAUGCGAGGUGGAGCUGGCUCAGAUGAUGAUGACGAUGACGACGACGAUGGUAGUGGUGUGUCGCAAGCCGAGGAAAUGAGAUUACUGUCCAGCAGGGGCAGGAGGUCGUCAAAUCCCUUCCCGUUAUCCCGGUUGACUCGACAUGUCCCUGGAAUCCGUCAAUGGGCCCGGUCCCGUAAUGACCAGCAUACGACAAUAUCUGAUGUCCGACAAGCAGAUGUGAAUGAGGUGAUCUCGACACCACCUGGAGACUUACACCAGGACCUUUCUCAUACUCUGACAACUUCUUCCGGAAGCUCUGCGAGGAAUGAUAUGACAUCUGCAGGGACCGAGCCACGUAUAUGCAGUACCAGCAAUGAUAUGGAGCCUAAACAUGAGCGUCUAGUGCGAGUGUACCCGCGACCAAGCCCACGUCGUCCUAUACGUCCUUCAAGCGUCGGUUCGCGGUUUACCGAGCGGAUAGAACUUGACGGCGCGCAGCUGUACAUCCUACCUUAUUCUGGUAACUCUAUGAAUACAUCAUGGCUAAUAUUUGCCAGGUAUGAGGACAGUUUGAGACGCCCAGGAAGAUUCAACGUGGAGGCAUUCUCGUGGCGAUCAAGUCAGAGAUCCAGUCGGAAUCGUGCGCGUAGUCUUCCUCCCACUACGACGGAGCCACUAUCAGAUCAGCAUGAAAGCUCUCACUGGCGAUCGGAACCCCUGUGGCAGCUCUCUGGGACACCUGAUAAUGCCGAAGUGGAUCCAGAGGAUAGCGUUUCGCAAAGACGUGUGCACUCGGAGCAAUUACCAGCGCGACUGCCAUCACCACCAGUACUAGUCAGAUCACUCCAACCAGAAUCACAACCGCUGCUUCAGUCAGACUCCCUGCCGUCUUCGGGUACGCGUACUCUGGAUCCAUAUACAUAUCCAAUGGGUCCUCCCCGGCUUCGAAUCGGUCCAGAUGGUCGUUAUGACUAUGCCAGGAUUCCUUAUAAUCAUCCUGAUGAAAAUUGUUCGGACCUGGUCAAGUGGUGCUGUUGUGAAGUGAUGUUCAACUUUUGAGAUAGAGCUUUCUUGUACGAUCAAGUACUUCAAGCUACAACACAAUCAAUAUGCUCAUACUGGCUCUGUAGCGUACUUACUAUCUAUGAAAGCGUGCUUGAGAGUAUACUGGUAUGCUUAGGGCGGUGAUGUUUUGAACACAGCGAAUAACGUACCCUGGACAUGUUCACCUUGAGG